AUGCGUCUCGCACUUCCAAACUUAUCGAAAUUACCGUCAACAGGAGUAGAAACAUAUCUCACAUCUCUUAAAGCAACCCAACUGAAAAACCUCGCCCGAGAAACAGGCAUCCCAUCCUCAGGACGCAAGGAUGAAUUGCGCCACAGAAUCAGCGAAGAACUCUUGACGAGUAUUCUUCUUCAUGAGAACAAGAACCAUAGCACGUCUGAACAUAAGAGCAAGACGAAAGAGAGAAAGAAAAGUGGAAAGGAGUUGAGUAUAUUAAGUAUUGAUAUGGGAAUACAAAAUCUUGCGUUUGCGCAUUUGAUUGUUCGGCCGUUGGGGGAGCAUGCACCGGGGACAGGGGCUGGAGUCGAUAGAGGAUUGAUAAUGCUGAAUGCGUGGCAUCGCAUCAAUGUUCAGGAAUUAAGAUCUUGUGCUCCUGCGACUCAAACAACGGACACAGAAAUAAGAAAUGAUGAAAUUGAAGAGGAAUCAAUCCCUCAAACUGAGACAACAACAAAUAAAAACUUUGAACCCGACUCACUCUCCUACAACGCUUACGUGUUACUUUCAUCUCUCCUCCAGGCCUACAAACCAACUCAUAUCCUCAUCGAACGGCAACGAUUUCGCUCAGGCGGCCAGUCGGCCGUUUUGGAAUGGAGUUUGCGCGUAGGCGUGUUUGAGGGUAUGUUGCAUGCUGUGUUGUGUACAAUGCGGGAGGUCUCUAGACUUCUCCACGAUACUCACAGUGACAUUUAUGGUUUAGACGGGGUCGUGGAUGGGUUAAAGGUUUAUGCCAUCAGUCCAGCGAGGAUAAAGCAAUUCUGGGAUGAAGGGAAAUCAGAAUCUCUUCUUGACAAUGAGGAAGAAGGCAGAAAGGGGAAAGGUCAGAAUCAGCGGGGUGUGAAGACAUUCAAAAUGGAUAUUGUGGGUGAUUUGCUUUCUGCUUCGACGAAAACAGGGAAGAGUCUUUCGUGCUGGGAUCUUGCUGUCAAUACGGACAAGGGCGAGAAGGGUCUUGGUGUCAGUGAUGUGGUAGAUGCAUACCUCAGACGCUGGGAUCCGCAAGCCGUGGACUCACAGCCUACAGGCCUGAAAGGAAGGAAGAAAAGCAUGUCAGCUACUACCGAGAAAGCACACAAAAUUGACAAGAUGGAUGAUCUUGCGGAUUGUUUGUUGCAGGGAGUAACCUGGUUGGAGUGGCAGGCUAGACGGGCCAGGAUUGUGCGUGGAGAGUUCUUGAUUCAUAAUUGA